AUGUCCGUCUUCAGGGCCCUCUUUUCUCGGCGGGCCCUUGCAUUUGCUGGAAGUGGAUCUGUGGUAGCUGUUGCGGGUGGGUAUUGGUUUCUUAAUUCGGGUCCAGCCUACCCAUCGUCAACACUCGAGACACGACGCCCUCCUCCACCAUGGACACCGCCUUCAAGAGAACAUAUGAUGAAAACACUUCGCUCUUCGGCUGCUGAUGAGGAAUUCGACCUUCUCAUCGUUGGUGGUGGAGCCACUGGUGCUGGAGUUGCGGUUGACGCGGCGAGUCGGGGCCUCAAGGUUGCUCUUGUCGAGCGUGACGAUUUCAGCGCCGGCACGUCAUCAAAGUCAACCAAACUUGUUCAUGGCGGCGUGCGCUACCUGCAGAAAGCCGUGUUUGAACUCGACUAUGAGCAAUACAAGCUUGUCCGCGAGGCUCUCCAUGAACGCAGGAUAUUCCUCCAGACCGCACCCUACCUCUCUGCGAUGCUUCCAAUUAUGCUCCCAAUAUAUAAGUAUUGGCAAGUUCCGUACUAUUGGUCGGGGUGCAAGAUGUAUGACAUCCUUGCGGGGGAGGAAAAUAUGGAGUCGUCAUACCUCAUGAGUAAGGGCAAAGCACUCGAGACUUUCCCCAUGCUCAAGAGCGACGGACUGGUUGGCGCGCUGGUCUACUACGACGGUCAACACAACGAUUCGCGGAUGAACAUGGCCUUGAUACUCAGCGCUGUUAAGCAUGGGGCAACCGUCGCCAACUACUGCGAAGUCACCGACCUGCACAAGGGCUCAGAUGGCAAGUUGAAUGGUGCCCGUGUCAAGGAUAACAUGACUGGGAAAGAGUUCGACGUCCGCGCCAAAGGCGUUAUCAAUGCUACUGGUCCCUUUGCCGACGCGCUGCUCACCCUUGACAAUCCUGCUCACAAAACUAUCGUCCAACCGUCUUCUGGAAUUCAUAUCACGCUCCCCAACUACUACUCUCCACGGAAAAUGGGCUUGCUCGAUCCAGCAACCUCCGAUGGACGAGUUAUCUUCUUCCUUCCGUGGCAAGGCAACACAAUCGCUGGUACUACCGACUCUCCGGCUGAAGUAGAACGCGAGCCUCGGGCUCAAGAGGAGGAAAUUCGCUGGGUGCUUGACGAAAUUCGCCGGUACUUGGCUCCAGACAUCAAAGUCCGUCGCGGCGAUGUACUCAGUGCUUGGAGUGGCCUACGACCGCUAGUCCGUAACCCCGCUGCUGCAAGUACAGAGGGUCUUGUUAGAAACCAUAUGAUCUACGUCAGCGACAGUGGACUGCUCACAAUCGCUGGGGGCAAAUGGACGACAUAUCGCGCAAUGGCCGAGGAGACGGUUGACGAAGCUGUCAAAGUGUUUGGGCUCAAACCGAAAACUGGUUGUGUUACAUCUACCCUGCGAUUAGUCGGCAGCGAUGGCUGGAGUCGGAACAUGUUCAUUGGUCUUGUUCAACGGUACGGCCUUGAAACGGAGGUAGCAAAACACCUAUCGGACAACUACGGCGAUCGUGCGUGGACAGUGUCAGACUUGGCAGAGGCCACUGGCGAGAGCUGGCCGCUACACGGUGUCCGGCUGAGUGCUGCAUAUCCAUUCAUCGAGGCUGAGGUCCGCUACGCUGUUCGUCACGAAUACGCACUCACUCCCGUUGAUGUGCUUGCGAGGAGAACGAGGUUGUCGUUCUUGAAUGCCAGAGCAGCGCUUGAGGCACUUCCCCGUGUUGCAGACAUCAUGGCAAAGGAGCUCAACUGGUCCAGCGCGGAGAAAUCACGUCACAUGAAGCGGGCUGUCGAGUUUUUGGCAAGCAUGGGCCUGCCUCCGGGUACGAUUCUGCCCCCACAAGGCGUCCGCGAGCGUGUCGAACACGCGAUUUGGGGUGCUGCGCGUGGCCUGGGGCUUGUUGCUGCCUCCCCGUCAAUCCAAGAAUAUAGUCGGGCCAAGUUUGACGGGGCCGAGCUCGCUGCGUUGAAGAAUGCGUUUGCACGUGGUGCGACGGAGGUGGCCGGGCCGACGGGGCCCGAAACGCGGUUGAAGAAACAGGCGCUGGGGAGCGUUCUGGCGGAAGUCCCGGGUUAUGAGGGGAUAACCGUGAAAGAUUACGAGUAUGUGCUGGAGGAGGCCGGUUUCAAGAAGCAAGGGGAUGUGGAUUGGGAUGAAUUUCUCGAGAUUUGUGGGAGUGUAAAAGAGGUCUCGUUUGCGCCUGUGCUGACCUCUCGACGUGUUAUCCCUGUCGAAAAGAGUGGAGGGGGAGUGUAA